GCAUUUCUCUGUUAUUGGUUCUCAUUGUCGAAAAAAGGAUUGGUCGUGUCAGUGCGUGAUAAUUAAUUUUAAUUUAUCAAUUAGUUGUGAUUUGUGUUGUAUACGUCAUUGGAUAAUCACACUUCAUUAAAUCAGUAGGAUGGAUGCUUCAUAUCAAGGCGGCGUGACCUACGAAGAAAGGGGCGAGAGCUUCCAGCAGUUGUCGUCGACGAUAGCCAGUAAUAUGAAGAAAAUAUCACAAAAUGUAUCCUCAAUGUCCAAGAUGGUCAACCAGCUGCAGACUCCUCAGGACUCGCAGGAGCUGCGCAAUCAACUGCGUCAGAUCCAGAAUUACACCCAAAAGAUGGCCAAAGACACGUCCUCGAUGAUCAUGGACAUGCCUGUGGAGCAGCCCGCGGGAAAGCUGACCAGGGAGCGGCUCAGCGAUGAGUACAUGGCCACACUCAACGCCUUCCAGGCGACACAAAAAUCGGCUGCUGCAAAGACGAAAGAGGAUGUGCGUAAAGUGAAGGCCCAGAGCGCCACUUUCAACAUUGGGGAUCCGUUUGGCAUGUCCGGUCGCAGCAACGACCUGGUGGAGAUGGACGACAACACGCGCCGGCAGGAGCAGGUGACGAUGCAGACCGAGCAGGACCUGCAGCAGCUGGAGGAGCGAGAGCGGGACAUCAGGCAGCUUGAGAGCGACAUUCUAGACGUGAACCAAAUAUUCAAGGAACUGGGCACCAUGAUCCACGACCAGGGCCAAGUUGUGGACUCCAUCGAGUCCAGCGUCGAGUACACCGCCCACAACGUGGAGGCCGCCACGGCGGAACUCCGACAGGCCUCCAACUACAAGAAUAAGCUGCGAAAGAAGAAAGUAUAUAUCGCGAUUAUCCUCAUAGUGAUCGUCUCGAUUAUUUUAAUAAUUGUAUUUAACCAUUAACGUCCAUUAAUAACCCAAUAUUGUUAAUGAUUUAAAUAGGAACAUUAUAUUAUUGUGGUGAAAUUCUUUAAAAACGCAUUAUCUAUUUCAAAAGA